UAUGAUCGCUUGCUAUCCUGGAAAUGGAACUGGGUAUGUUCGUCAUGUGGACAAUCCAAACGGCGACGGGCGCUGCAUCACUUGUAUUUAUUAUCUGAAUAAGAACUGGGACUCCAAGCUGCAUGGCGGUAUUCUUCGGAUAUUCCCAGAAGGAAAGUCCUAUGUAGCAGAUGUUGAGCCAAUUUUUGACCGAUUACUUUUUUUUUGGUCAGAUCGAAGGAACCCACAUGAAGUCCAGCCUUCUUAUGCAACCAGAUAUGCCAUGACUGUAUGGUAUUUUGAUGCUGAAGAAAGAGCAGAAGCCAAAAAAAAGUUCAGGAACUUAACAGAUGCAAGGAAGAGAGAAGCACCUCUUAAUGAAGACUAGUCAACUGUUCCCGAACUCUUUGUGAGGAAAUAAGAUCCCAAAGAUGACUUCCAUUUCCAGCGAACAAGGGCAAAUUCAUGUUAUGCACAAGAACGCACUGGUUGUGUCUAGCAUGUGCAUCUUAUAUUGAUGGUACUUAAGGAAGCCUCCUGUCACACCUGCAUCUGGCAGAAGGAACGCUUGUUUUCUAUUUGCCUUUUGCUGGAAAAAGUAACCAGGGUUUAAAAAAAAAAAAAGGUAUCACAAGCCUAGUGGUAGUGGCUCAGCCAACUGGCUUUUGAUCACUCUUGUAACCAAGAUAAUGAUCAUUGGAACUAGUGGUAAAAACCUGAGUCUUAUUUGCACUUUA